AUGAAGAAAGACGUGAGGAUCCUGCUGGUGGGAGAACGUGAGUAACGCGGCAACAUGGCAGCUCAAUGGCGCUUAUAGGGAACAUGGCUGCUGGCAGGGGGGGUGCUGAGGGGGGGCCGGCAGUGUGAGAGGGGGGGCUGGUGUGAGAGAGAGGGGUGUGGAGAGGGGGGGGCUGGCAGUGUGAGAGAGGGGGGGGGGCUGGCAGUGUGAGAGAGGGGGGGGUGGAGAGAGGGGGGCUGGCAGUGUGAGUGGGGGGGCUGGCAGUGUGAGCAGAGGGGGGGCUGGCAGUGAGAGGGGGGGCUGGCAGUGAGAGGGGGGGGCUGGCAGUGUGAGAGAGUGGGGGGCUGGCAGUGAGAGAGGGGGUGUGAGAGAGGGGGGGUUGCAGUGUGAGUGGGGGGCUGGCAGUGUGAGUAGAGGGGGGGCUGGCAGUGAGUAGAGGGAAAUGGAAGGAGGGAAGCCAAGGCGAGUAGAGGGGGCUGGCAGUGAGGGGGGCUGGCAGUGCGAGGGGGGGGCUGGCAGUGUGUGGGGGGCAGUGAGCGAGGGGGCUGGCAGUGAGAGAGGGGGGGCUGGCAGUGUGAGAGAGGGCAGGCUGGCGGUGUGAGGGGGCUGGCAGUGUUAGAGAGGCUGGCAGGGGGCUGGUGCAGCAGUGAGAGAGGGGGGGCUGGCAGUGUGAGAGGGGGGGCUGACAGUGUUAGAGAGGGGGCUGGCAGUGUUAGAGAGGGGGCUGGCAGUGUUGGGGGGGCUGUGCUGGCAGUGUUUGGGUGUCAUGGCUGUGCUUGGCUUUUUUUACAGAAAGGAAAAAAAGGGGUAGGGGUGAAAGGUAACUGUUUUAACCCCUUCAGCCCAGUGGUAGUGGGACCCUGAAGGUGGGGGAGACCUAAAGACCCUAUAGUGCCAGGAAAGCUAGUUUGUUUUCCUGGCACUAUAGUUGUCUUUUAAUGCAUCUUUAUGAGGAAAUGCUGACUGGCAUUUGAUGAGUUAUGGAGGCGGGCCAGCUCUGGCGAGACCGGCACAGCGCUGGUAAAAAGAUGAGUAAAAGCAUUAUUCCCAUGCGAUCGGAGGGGGCUGGUGACCUAAACAUACACAUUCAUUAACAGACACCGGAACUGACACACACACAGACAGAAAUACACACACUGAGAGAUAGUCAGACACAUGCACACACACACACUGACAGACAUAAACAAACAAGAGUGUGCAAUAAGUGCUCAGUGAAAUACUUAGCAAAAAGGAACUUCCCUGAAUAAGGUGAAGUAUCCAAUAAUAUCUCCGAAGACUCCCUCUUGUCUUCAGCACAAUAUAUGUAGAAAAAUAGAUUAUCUGCUAAACCAGAAAACAAAAUAGCAUAGCGUAUAACUGUGUUAAAGUGAACCGCAGGUAUUAGACUAACAAAUGGCCACUCACAAAUUCACAGACGUAAAAGAGCUUUGAACAGGGUUUCUUUUCUUAAUUCAGCUGGAUCCUUCCAUCAACAUUCCCCCAUGGGUAGAUAGGGAUAAGUAUGCUCGAAAGGAAAUAUAAUAAAAUUGAAAUGCGCCUUCCAGAGUGCAAUAUAAAAAUAAAUGUAAUAACUUACAUAGCAGUUUAAAACAAUCAGUGUAGUACUCAAGAUCACGAAUAGGUGUCCUACGCGUUUCGUCCAAUGUUCGGACUUCCUCAGGGACUUUAGUGGAUAAUAUCAGCGGUAAUCAAGUGAACGAUAAAAUAACCUUCCCCUACCCAGUCCUUUUAUACCCUCUAAAAGUCCAUUUAACGUCUAUGGCGCAUGCAUUCCAACCUGCAUUUCAAGGAAUCCGGAAGUGGAUCGUACUAGCGGUUUCAAUUGACUCCGUUGAUUAGAAGAUAUAUGUUGAGCGAAAAGGGAAGAAAGGCAGGGAGGGGUUAUAUUAGAAACUCUGGAUUGCGCAAGAAUAAAAAACAAAAGACACACAAUGUAUAAAAAUAAAAUUAAAAUAAAAAAGUGCACAAGCACAAUAUUUACAUAUAAUUAUGACAGUAAACGUGUAUACAUUAUUUCAUAAUCCAUAAAUAUGAAGUGCACAUUUUCUAUAUGCAUAAACAUGCAGUAAAUGUAUAAACAGUGUAAAAUUAUAAUAACAAAAUUAUUCUCUUAAGAGCAUAGAUAUGAGUGAGAAAUGUGAUACCCCAAUAUAUUGCAUUCUUUUCAUUGCUUCUAGCUAGAGCUUUUAUCUUAACUGUGGGAAUGAUGCUGGGAAAGCCCAUUUUGGAGUAUUUAGGAAAGAAUGAAGAUAUUAGAUGUUACUAAAAAAAAAAUUUUUUUUAAAUAAAAAAUGCAGUUGGAAUCCAUAUCAAAUGAGUGUGAAAUUUAGCUCUUUUUAAUUUAAAUUCAAUUUGGAAGGAAAGAGGCAUUUGAAAUUGUGUGUAUAUAUAACCGUAUUUAAAGGAAGAGUUGUGGAAAAAAUGCAAUAAUUUCACAAAAAAUAUAUAAAAUAUAUUUAAGUCAGAAGGAAGGUUUCAAUCUUCAAAAAAGCUCCAUAAAUCAAUAUCUAGAGUUAACCCAUGUGGUUGUAAUGUUUUUAAUUUAUUUAUCCAAAAAGUUUCUCUUUGAGAGAGUUUCUUGGUUAAAUACCCACCUCUCCAAUAAGGGUCAACAUGUUCUAUGCCCAUGAAGGAGAAAUUCUGCCAGUUAAAAUUAUUGCAGUGUAUUGGAACUAUGUGUUUGUUUGGAUUUUUUCUAAUGUUCGUUUUAUGUUCUAUUAUUCUUUCUUUAAGUUUUCUACUUGUUCUUCCCACAUUUUUUUUAGUCACCCUCCUGUUUCCUACCUUCUGGGCUCAGGAGGGUGGCUUUCCUGGUGUCUACUGGGAUUAGGCAGCAGCAAGUGACAGGUCAGUGGGGCGGGCUGCGACUUAUGGGAGUAGGCAGCCGCUGUUCCAGACUCCCUCCUUUCUCCUCCUCACUGUCUCAGCAGCUCUCUCUGUGCGCCGGGAGGAAGUGAAGGGAACUGGUAUAACUUCCUCCCGGCGCUGAGGUCACACAGAGGAAAGGACUGGUUGCCGGUGUUCCAUCGGCUUUGCGGCAUGUGGUCGGGCGGGGAGCAGGGUCGGGUAUGCGGCAUGUGGGCAGGUAGCAGGGUCGGGAGGAGGGCGGGGAGCAGAGCCGUGUUUACCUGGUAUCCUGCCAGGUUAGCUUGCAAUUCCCCUGCACAGGGAUUAAGACAGAAGGAGGAGGGAGCGGGCUGACCAAUCCCAGACGCCAGGACAAAAUAUUUAGUCGCUAUGGCGACCUGGCGCCUGGCAUUUGUCGGGUCCUGUUAUCGAGACAUUAAUUAAGACAUCUUGUCCAUUAAUCUGAGUAUAUGGAUUUCACUGUAUGCUAUGUUCGGGAGUUGGAAAUAAAUAUAUCCUGUUUUAUUUAUCAUUUUGCUGUCUAAUGUACCAUUUUUAAUGCUGGACUUUCAGUUUACCCUAUCAUUGUUUUACCUAUUGCGUGUAACUUUGAGUUUUGGGUAAGAUUUAUCUGGGUACAAUUAACUACCAGUAUUGUAAAAACUUACUGCACGGUGCUUUGUCUUGCGAUGCUUUUUGAAUAAGAUCAUUUCGGCGCGACACAUGACCUUUUCCCACUAGGGCAUCAUCCCUGUUUUCAUUGUACAAUAUGGAUUACAAGUUUUAAUGGAUGUUUUCGGAUGUUAAUCAAGAACAUUUCUUCUUAAAUGAAAGGGAAACUGUAGAAGAAAUAAACCUCUAUUUUAAUUGCAUUAUAAUGAUAGUAAAAAAAUAAAUAAGCAAAAAAAUCUAGUACAGAUAAAAAGAUAUCUUUAAAACCUGCUACACUUGUGCAAUAUAACGGUAAUGCACUUGCAUUUAAGGCAUCCAUAUCCUUAACCAGAGAGAGGCCUCUAAUUCCUGCAUGUGGGAGUCUCUCAGUCCAUUAUUCCCCAAGAGAAAUUCCACUCCUCAUUUAACAUUGCUCUUUCACUUGAUCGCUGACUCGCUGUGACCCGCGAUCACUUUAGACAUAGCUUCGUUUUCUGAACUGGGCCUUGUGCACAAAUAGACAGAGCAGUGGACCUGUGCGUGUGUGCUGCUCAGCUUGGCUGUCUGUUCUGAGAGAAGAGAUCUCAGCCCAAGUUGUCUGUGUUGCACUAAUAAUACAAAUAAGAUUGAUAUUGGGUAACAGGAACUGACCUGACUGAAGAUGGACUUUCUUGGUGCGUUGAACAUCCACCCCAGUUGGUAUUUUUUCAUUGGCGGUGAAUCAAAAUAGCUUGCCACCGCUGCAGAUCUCUUGUCUGCAGCCCUUGCAAAUCCCCAGUCCAAUCACAGACUUUCAAUGCAGCUUAAUGAGAAGUCUUUGCAAGGUUCUCUGACAUGUCAGAACUGGACUAUGGAGCACUGGAAGAAGGUUGCCUAGUCUGAUGAAUUACAUUUUCUUUUAGACCAUGUGGAUGGCUGGGUGUGUGUGUGCCGUUUACCCGAAGAAGAGAUGGCAACAGGAUGCACUAUGAGAAGAAGGCAGGCUAAUGGAGGCAGUUAUAUGCUCUGGGCAAUGUUCUGCUGGGAAACCUUGGGUCCUGGCAUUCAUGUGGAUGUAACUUUGACAUGUACCAUCUGCCUAGAGAUUGUUGCAGACCACAUACCCCAUCAUGGUAAUGGUGUUCCCUGAAGGCAGUGACCUCUUUCGGCAAGAUAGUGCACCCUGCCGCACUGCAAUAAUUGUUCAGGAAUGGUUUCCGGGACAUGACAAAGAUUUCAAAGUGUUGCCUUGGCCUCCAAAUUCCCCAGAUCUCCAUACGAGUGAGCAUUUGUGGGAUCCAAUUGCAACUUGCAGGACUGCUGCUAAUAUCUUAGACUGCUGCUAAUUCAAAGGUCUUGUGGAGGCCAUGCCUUGACAAAUCCUAGCUGUUUUGGCAGCACAAGGGGGACUGUAUGAUAUUAGCCAGAAUGUUUUAAUGGUGUGUAUAUGUGAGGCAUUUAUUAUCAUUCCAAAAGCUAUCGUGGUGAUGAUUGGCAGAGUUUGUGCAACUUUGGUAUACUAUGCUAUAUAGUGGGGGUAAGCCAUCUCUGGCACAACAGAAGUUUUAGACGAUAUCUUCCCCGAUGCUAUGCCAGCAUUAUGGGAGAUGUAGUCCACAGCAUCUGGAGAGCCAGAGGCUACCUUCCCCUGCUAUAUGGGAUGGGUAUUUGCGCGCAUGUGUGUGUUUUCCAUGUUACAUAGUUUCAUAGCUAAAAAGAGACUUGCGUCCAUGUUCAGCCUUCCUCACAUAUGUUUUUGCUGUUGAUCCAAAAGAAGGCAAAAAACCAACCCAGUGUAAAGCGCUUUUGAUUUUGCAACAAACUAGGAAAAAAAAUCCUUCUUGACCCCAAAAUGGCAGUCAGAUAUCUCAUUGGAUCAAGCAGCUAUUACCCCACUAAAUAGAAACUAUAUCCCUGCAUGUUAUGUAUUUAUCCAAUUGCUGUUUAAACAUCUGUAUGGACUCUGAUAAAACCACCUCUUCAGGCAGAGAAUUCCAUAUCCUUAUUGCUCUUACUCUAAAAAAACACUAUUCUUUACCUUAGAUGAAAUCUCCUUUCUUCCAGCCUAAAUACGUGACCUCAUGUCCUAUGUAUAGCCCUGUUUAUGAAUAGAUUUCCAGAUAAUGGUUUGUACUGGCCCCGAAUAUAUUUGUAUAAUGUUAUCAUAUCCCCUCUGAGGCGCCGUUUUUCGAAACUAAAGAGAUUUAAAUUUUUUUUCCAUUUUUUGUAACUAAAAUGCUCCAUUCCUUUUAUCAAUUUUGUAGCUCGUCUCUGCACUUUUUCUAGUGCCAUGAUAUCCUUCUUUAGAACAGGUGCUCAAAAUGGCACAGCAUAUUCAAGGUGUGGUCUUACCAUCGACUUAUAAAGAGUAUUUAUGUCUAUUUGGUUAUUUAAAUGUACCCUUCCUCCUAGCCUAAAGUUGCAUGAAAAGUAACCUCAAACCUCUGAACCAGUAUGUAGCUAACUCUUAAAGCCUUGUCGCACAAUAUAAAACAUUGCAUUAAUCGCUGAGAUUUUUUUCUCUCUCCGUCUAUCUAGUGAAUAGAUAACCCGAAUUGGCCGAGCCAGUGAUUGUUGUAAUACUGGGAUAUUUUGGUUUGGGCCCUCGUGGGCUAUGUGCAUGGACAAUGAGACACAAUGUGAUCAGGGUAAUUUGCAGAGUGCUUGAGGCACUCUAUUAGUCUGCCAUCAGCCACUCACUUUAAUGGGAUAAGUGAAGGUUUGGAAAUGAAUCAAAGUCAUAUCAAGGUUACACAAUAACUGUCCAUCCACUUAGAGCAGUCAGAAUAUUUGGCAGGGAGACAUUGUUUUAUUAUUUUAUACUGUGCCCAAUAGAACUCCAGACGUCUCUGAACUACAUUUCCCUUGAUGCCCACACAGCCAUAACGUUGACUGAGCACCAUGGGAUUUGUAGUUCAUAGUAUUGGAGAUUCAUGCGCAGCUUGCUAAUGACCCGUGUAAUUUUCAGUUUGUCUCCUUUUUUAGAACGAAAAUCUUUUUCUUUUCUAUUUUUUUUAUAAAUUACUCAUUUGUCUUCUUAUUUGUAUUUUGCAGCCAGAGUUGGGAAGACUUCGCUGAUUAUGUCCCUGGUCAGUGAAGAGUUUCCAGAGGAGGUAUGUUUGGUUAAAAAAAAAAAAAAAACCCUGGCAUGCACUUUAAUUAAUAAUAAUAAUCCUAUAUUCUGAUUGUCCAGAUUGACUGUUGCAGAUGGCAUGCCCUGAUGUAGAGAUAUAAAAUUCUAGGUGCCGGGUCCAGUUCAUGAGUCGCCAUGGCAACCUGGGGCCCUAUACUUUUUUCGAGUCCUAGGCCAUAGUUUGUUUUUUUUGUUUGUGUUGCUGUACCAGGUUCCACCUCGAGCAGAGGAAAUUACUAUCCCUGGCGAUGUCACCCCAGAGAGAGUCCCGACACACAUCGUUGAUUACUCUGGUAGGUGAUCUGCACAAACGUGAUUUGUUAAUAUACAGCUCCACAUUCUGCUUGUACAUUAACCUCAUUUACUACCAAGUUAUGUGAAGAAAAUAGAAAUGACCCCCUAGUAUUUACUUGUACAUAAAGUAUCUGUAGAAUUGUUUAUUACUGUAGUCCACAAACCUUGAUUUGUCCAUUUUUGUUUAUUUGCAGAGGCAGAGCAAACAGAUGAACAGCUUUAUAGUGAGAUCUCACGGGUAUGAGAGAAAUCUGUUUUUAUGGGUAAAUUGUGUAUAUAAGACGCUAAAAAAGAGGCUUUAAAGGAACAUACUGAGCCCCAAAACAAUCUAACGAAGUGGUUAUGGUGUAUAGAUCAUAUCCCAGCAGUCUCAAUGCUCUGCUGUCUAGGAGUUACAUCAUGUUAUGCAUCUUUAGCCACAUCUCCCCUGGCUGGAACUCACACAGCCUUCCUUAACACUUCCUGGAAAAUAAGCCUUCACUUAUCACACACCAUUUUUUCUAUCCUGCUCUGUUAAUAGCCUGAAGGGGCCUUGCUUCUGUUAUUAAUUUUGCAGCAUAUAAGAACUUCUAAAAUGUAAACACACUGUGCUGUACGGUGUGAUUGGAAAUUAAAACUUAUUUUAUUAUUUUUUAUUUCUUUCAAGCAGGCUGUGAGAGUCACAGCCAGGGGAGAUACAGAAACAAGCGUUAUUUAUCUCUUAAAUAACCAAAAUGCUUCAAGCAGCUAAGUUGUGCUUAGCAUAUCCCUUUAAAUCAUUUAACCAAUUUUUACUACUCGCCAUAAAAUAUGUCUAACCUCCUUUUUACAGCUACAACAAACAAAAUGCAAUUUAACACAAAAUUAAAGACAAUUCUGUGUGCGUAUGUGCAAAUAUAUUUUAACAAAUUUCAACUAUCUUUCAAAAUUUCAUUAAGGCAAAUGUUAUCUGCAUUGUCUACGCUGUCAACAACAAGAAUUCCAUAGAUAAGGUAAUUGUUCUAAAGCUUUACUUUCGAUGCUAAGAUAUCUGAAAUUCGAACUUUCACUGCAAGUGGUUUGAAAAUAGUUUGUAGGUUCCACAUAGAAUGUUUGUAGAUUAAUAAAGGGAAAACAAGUGUUUCUUCUCUUUUUUGCUAAAUCAUGGCUGUGCUUCAGUUAGACCGUAAUAGAGCUCAACUCUCUAAAGCUCUAGAUAACCACACAAUAAAUGCUAGGAGAUGUCUUCUUCUCUCUGGGACUUCUCUCACCCUGUUGUGUCAUUUUAGGUCACCAACCACUGGAUCCCAUUAAUCAACGAGCGAACGGACAAAGACAGCAGGUAGGCCAUGUUUGGUGGGAAGUGGCAACCUCUGCUAAGUUGCCAGAGGAGCCCAUGCCUAACUAAUGUAUUACUUGGGAUAAAGUUUUGACCCCAUUUGUCAUUUCACUUCUUCUUAAUAUAAAUUGGUGGUGUCUUCCCCUCUGGUGGGAGAUGCACAGAGAGUGAUGUCUGAUCAGGAAAGGGGAGCCAAUAAAAGGGCCCACUGAAAAUUGACUUUAACUUAAACCAUUUUGAGUGUUAACCAAAAUACGAUGACUCCAUCCUCAUGUGUGUUCUGUUUAUUUCAUCACAGGAGGAUGGGGAGGGAGUGUUUAUAUAGAAUAUGUGGUUGAAAUUUGAUUUACAUUGUGUGCCUGUUAUUCCAGAGUACCUCUAAUCCUUGUGGGGAAUAAAUCUGAUCUGUUGGAAUAUAGCAGCAUGGAAACCAUCUUACCCAUUAUGAACCAAUAUUCCGAAAUCGAGACGUGUGUGGAGGUAUGAGGAACAUUAUUUGGGUCAAUUGUACUAAAUGUAGAAUCAAUUAAUCAAAGACUGAAGUGUGUCAUAAAGUGCAAGUUGCCAGGUUUAAUUUGGUGUUCGUUAAAUCUACAAGCUGUGAAUCCUGCAGGAAUUAUAUACAUUUUUAACGUAGUUCCUCCAUUUAAAAAAAAAAAAAAAAUUUAAAUUCUUUUUGUUGUGCAUAAGCUUUUAACAGUCGGUUGCGAGGUACCCCAAUGGCAUUCCUCCAAUGCAUUGUAGACAGUUUAACAGAGAGGUACAUGCAAUAUCUAGCACAAAUUUUGUGUUUAAAGGUAGUUGAGUAUUAACAUGGUAGGAAACAAGCUUAGUUAACAUUAUACUGUGUAUCGCUAUUGUAUUCAGUCAUCUGAGUGCAUAUCUACUGAGUGUAUGAAUAAAGUUAAGCGAAAUGCUAUGCUGGGAUGCACACUGUGUAAACAUUCUAGGUCUAAACAAUCUUCUAUAAAAGUGAUUUGAGUAAAAAACAAUGAAGGGUAUCAUGGCCAAGUGUUGCUCGUUACAGUUAGUAGACUUGCUGUGCUAUCUAGCCAUAAGAGUAUUAUUCUGCGUAAAAGCUAACUGGGGGUUAAUUUAAGCUAGAGUAACUUGUGUUUAUAUGUUGAUGGUAAUAGGGGACCUUAAUCUGCGUGGUGUGUGCAGUGGUUGUUAAUGUAUUAUUAGGUAGCUAUUAUGCUGGUCAGGGGUGUUCCAGGCUAAGUUAUAAAAUAAAAUGUAUUUUAUUUAUUUUUUUAAAAGGGGUCAGCUGUUACCCCGUCAGACCUGCACUUCCCUGGCAGCAUUAGAAACCUAUGUAGACUGCUAUAAGGCAUCACAUAGCUAAUUAAAUUUAUAUCUAAAUAAUGGUGAAUGCAAUCAGGUUAAGAAUUAAUAAGACCGCUUAUGAGAGACCAAAAGAAAGGGGGAACUUUGGCAUCAACCUUGGGACAUGUAAUAUGUAAUCCGCUCUUUUAAAAUAAACGGGUAGCUAUGGCAUUUUCUGUGUGUAAAGGGGUACCUAGGCAAUAUCAAAAGUUUCAAGUCCACCAGAGUGCCUGCGCCUCGGCCCCUGUCCUGAGUGGUCAUCUCCCAGGCUUGUAAUCUGCCGGUUAGCCGGGAGCUGUAUUGGUCAGUGUCCCGAUCACAGUCAGCCGACUCCCAUGUCUGGGAAACGGAAACCCCGGUAGUGGGGGUAUAUGGAGGCUUGCCAGGUGCGCGGAUGGUGAGGGUAGGGCUGGUGCCCCAUCAAAGCUCCGUCUCAGGUGAUCCUUCACGGGGUUCUCUGCCUGUUACGCUUGCUGAUAGCCCGCUUUGCUGCAUCUCGGUCAUACUCGCGGCAGGCACCCCGAGUUCUCCUGUGUUGGGUUGCGCUCUGCUGGUUGGAGGUUGUCGGGACCGUUGUGUGUGGAGCAGGUUGUGCAUGUUGGCGGGUCCCGCUCUGGUUUGUGGGAGCGCGGGUGCUGGUGCCCGAGGUUUCGCGCCCUUGCGGUUGUCGUUGCAUGCUUGGUCGGAUGGCCACCCUGGAGGUUUGUAGUGGGAGUCCAUAAUGGCGGCGGGUCUCCGGACGGAUCCACAAGGCCACCAUUCGAGCUGCUUAGGACACUCCCCUGUCACAUAAGGUUGUGUGGAAGCUUGAGCAGAGUUGGUCUAGAGCUUCCAGUGGCUGAGCAUGUGUAUGGUUGCCAGUGUUCCCUCUCUUUGGCCCCUGCUGGGCAGCCAUCUUGGGUGUGCCCCUGCAGGCUGGUGCCUCUGCUGGCUGUGUAGCUGCGGUCAUUCGCCUUCUGUAUCCGUCCGCUUGGUUUGUGGGGACUGGGCUCCGACAGGCUCCAGAAAGGUAUCUGUCGAUUCUGUGGUGCACCCCCAACGUGGGUAGCGCACCCCAGCGUGUCCUUGGGCUGAGUAGCCGCCGAUAUUGCCGUUUAUUCUACUUGCCCGACAGGAGCUCUUUCCCCGCACGUCUUUUCAGCUUAGCGGUCAGACUCCGCCCCCAGUUCCUCCAUUUUUAAAGGUCCAUAGAUCGUGGGACUGUUGGUGGCUCAGGCUUUUUGUUGGCACAGAAUGUGUUGUUGCAAAGUUAGCUUUAGCACAAGUAAUGUAACACACUCUCUGUAUGUGAUUCUGGAUAUUGUAGCCUGUUACUAGUGUUUCUCAGUGUAAGGAGCCAAGGGGUUUCUAUAAAGCAAGCCAUCCUAAAUCUGAAUAAUUCAAUUUGUGAAAGAAAAAAAUGUAAGGUAUGUUAAAACUAACCAGAACAGGUCUGAGAAAGCUCUGACAUGGAAGGUAUCUAAAUUUCAGUCAAUCUUCUCCCAAGGAUGCAUUCAAAAAAAAUACUGAAUAUGGUGACUUGUAUAAAUUUGUCAUUUGCCAAAUUACUUCUAACUGUUGAAAUGGAGGGACUCUAUAUAACGUGGGCUGCAAUUAACACACCAUUCUCUUUUUAUGGCUUUAAAUACUCUCAAAUGAAAGCUGACAGUCUGCACAUGGUUCCCAAUCAAUGUUCAGCUUUAUAUCCAGUGUGUCAAAAAGAAAAAACCUUGUGUUCCUGUCUAAUGUUUGCAAGCUGAACCGUGAUAGAUGUUAUGUAGAGCUCUGUUAUACAGUACUGAAUGCCUAAUAUACACCUGGCAGACAGGAAAGAGCAGGUUCUUUAAUGCCAUUGCCAAGAUGUGAUGCUAUCUCAGUGCUCAGGUAGAUGGCUCUGUGAAAGGUGUUAUUCCUAUUACUAUGUAACACAAUCGACCAUUGCCAUAAGGAUCUGGAUUGACUUUGCUGCUAUUUAUUGCUGAGAAUAUGGGCACAUGUUAUACCUGGUUUACGGAAAUGAUUUAUAAAUAUUCUUUACGGACCUUUUUUUCUGUGUUGAUUUAAUGGGAAGAUAUCUCUUUUGUAUCCAAUGGUUUUUUCAUUUGUUACUGAUUUUCCAGUGUUCUGCAAAAAACUUGAAAAAUAUUUCGGAACUGUUUUAUUAUGCACAGAAGGCUGUACUACACCCGACAGGUCCAUUAUACUGCCCAGAAGAAAAAGAGGUAAGUGCUUGGGCAUGUUUUUUUUUGGUAUGGUUCUGAUAGUGAUUUUUAGUUAUUUUAUGUCAAUGUAUUGUCUGUGACAGUAUAUUCCAUGGUUUAUUACAGAUGUUCAUCAAAACAUUACCCAACGUUUGUUAACUUACUAUUUGUGGACACAAACACCUCUUAAAAUAAAAGUUCGAAUCUGAUAUAUGAUGCACUUAUUUUCAAUUUAAAAAAACAUUUAUGAUUCAACAGUGUGAUUAACCCCUUAAGGACCAAACUUCUGGAAAAAAAGGGAAUUGUGAUAUGUCAUGUGUCCUUAAGGGGUUAAAGAGAAGUUCUUCAAAUUUGAUCGAAGCCUGUUUUAAAAUGCUCUCUAUUUGAAAUACUUAUGUAAACAUUGGUAAAAGUAUGUAUAACAUUGUGUCUUUUGUGUGCGAUCAUGACAUGCCACAAUGCCAGUUUGUGUCUACACUCUACACCAGUAGUUUUCAGCUGGUGUGUCAUGGCUCACUGAUGUGCCUUAACCCACCUGAAAGUGUGCCACAAAUACAUUGAUUUCAGAGCUUAAUUAAGACUAAUGAAUCGGUUUGGCUAAAAGUGCAUAUAUCUCUCUAGUAAGUUUAAAAAAAAAAAUAUAUAAAAAAAUUUAGGUGCCUCUCAUAGAUGUGUACCUUGGUCCAAAAAAAGGUUUGGUACCAUUGCAUUAGACCUUGUGGGGUACAGCGAAAGACAUUUUCAAAUCCCAGUUAAACCACAUUACUAGUAAGUGUCCGUGGGCAAGACACCUAACUAUAUAUCUUAUUUAAAAUACAAAUAGAUUGCAAUCUCGUUUGCGCCCUAAAUAUUCAAUUUUCUAUCACUUUAUCUAGGUUCUUUGGCGUUUUCACCAUCACUGUGUAUAAAUUACGUUUGUAUUGCCUAUCUAUUGGUGGAUACACGCUUGUUAAAGGGACACUUCAGGCACCCAGACCACUUCUGCCCAUUGGAGUGGUCUGGGUGCCAACUCCCACUACCCUUAACUCUGCAGCUGUAAAUAUUGCAGUUUUCAUAAACUGCAAUAAUUACAUUGCAGGGUUAACUCCUCCUCUAGUGGCUAUCUACUAGACAGCCACUAGAGGGCACUUCCUGGUUUCUAGCACAGGUCUAGCGUCGCUCAAUUCCCCAUAGGAAAGCACUGAAAGCAUUUUCAAUGCUUUCCUAAGGAGAGGUCUAAUAGGCGCCGCAUGCGCAUUAGGUCUCCCCCCCCGGCGGCUGCGCACGCACGAUCGGUCUCCCCCGCCGGAUGACGUCAGCAGGGGAGGAGCGUGGGCGGACCCGAAACCAUCGGCGGGGAUCUCAGGUAAGUCACUGAAGGGGUUUUCACUCCUUCAACAACAUGGAAUGGGUGGUGGGAGGGAGAGGGUACCUGCAGUGCCAGGAAAACUGAUUGUUUUCCUGGCACUGGAGUGUCCCUUUAAGUGAAUGAAAGCUUCUCUUGUACAACACUUUCUUAAACUCAAUUCUACAAUCAUUCCUAAAAUAAAGUCUCAAUCAGGGAUUUCUUUGUGUAACAAAGUAACAAUUCAAAUGCAACAUGCAUAGCUAAUAUCAAAAACAAAGAUCCAACCUUUUUUUUAACACUUUUUGCAUUAGUUGUUUGCCACUCAUCUGCUAUAAUAGUUAGUAUGGGGCAUAUUGCUAUUCAUUGUACAGUUUCUUUGUCCUUCCCAUCCUUCUGAAAGGCCUAGAAUAGUUUGUGCGGAAGAACAAUCAGGGAUGCUGAAACAAAAUAUUCUCUCUGGAUAAACAUUACCUAAUAUUUGUUACUAAAUCGUUACAGAUCUAUAAUAAAAAUUUUAAGUGCAAAGAAAAUUGUGAUGGGAUCUGAAUUUAAAGUAUAAUAAAGUUUCAGGAAACACAACACUAAAUUAGAUGAACAUGCUCAUUACAUGGUAUGUUGUCAUCACUGUAACAUGCAGCUACACAGUGCACUGGGUGUCAUUUAUGUUGAGUAAUAUAUGAAAAGCAUAAAUAAACAGGUGAAAAUACCUGGAACGCAGCAAAAGGUUUUUGUCAUCCAUUUUAUUAGCAAAUUUGGGAGGGAAGAAAUUGUGGGAAUUAAGAUAACUGCUUGGUCUAAACCUUUCGCCUUUGCUUUCUAUUGAACAGUUAAAGCCAGCUUGUAUAAAGUCUCUAACACGCAUUUUCAAGAUUUCUGAUUUGGACAACGAUGGGAUUUUAAACGAUGCUGAACUCAACUUUUUCCAGGUAAAUUGCUGUUUGAAAUCAACAUGUAUCAGUCUCUGCUCCAAUUGCUUGUCCGCUAUUUCAUAAACCUUGUGAGCAGUGUUGCAGCUGACUGGAUCUGAUUAGUAACGGUGUAUAUGUGUAAUGUCUUGCAGAGGACCUGUUUUCACAUACCACUUGCACCCCAGGCUCUAGAGGAUGUUAAAAAUGUCGUACGAAAGAACGUCCAUGAUGGCGUAUCAGGAAACGGUCUGACGUUAAAAGGUAGUCACAAAUGUACAACACUGCAGUUUAUCACAAUGCAUGAAGGGUUUGGUUUAAAUUAAUAAUGUCACGAAAAAUUUAAAUGCUGGAAUUUAUAAGCGGACCAGGAAUAUCUGGGUUCAGUUGUCCGCUCUCUAAAGUAAAGCUGUUGGCUAAAUUAAAACCGAUAUUCCGUUUUUUUUUUUAAAUAUUAGUAUCGACCUAAAUCUUACCGAUAAUGAGGUGGUUCAGCACGCGGCCAAUCUGUCCUCUCUCUAAGUCUCACGAUUCUCGCGAAUCGCAAGACUUUUAGAGAGGAGCUGAAGUAGUGCUGUCUGCCUUUUACCUUCUAUUUGUGCCACGUUGCAUCUGAGCUUGUUGAGAAGGCCCCUUACGGUGCUCCCCGUCACUGUAUUGUGCCCAGCAUUCGUGAGAGGUGGGGGAUUACGCCCUUUUACCAUCUACCUGUCUGCAGUCUCUGCGUCUGUGAGGGAGUGCUCACUGGAGGAUCGAGAAGACACAGCUUGUGAAGCCAUGACAGGGAGCUGCAAAAGGUAGUAAUGCCACAAGCUAGAAGUUGUUAAACAUACUAAUAACUUGACCUCCCACCAGCUACAGUAACCUGUAAGAAGGAAGUAUUUUACAAAGAAACUGGACAAACAAGAAUAUAAUAUAAGUAGUUAUUUAGCCCAAAAGCUACAAAGUGCAUAAAAGUUGUCGGACAUCCAUUUUAAAGACGUAAUGUCUGUGUAUUUUCAUACAGGGUUCCUGUUUCUACACACUCUUUUUAUCCAGAGGGGGAGACAUGAAACCACAUGGACUGUGCUGAGACGUUUCGGAUACGAUGAUGACCUAGAACUUACCCCAGACUAUUUAUUCCCCCCGUACGUUGCCGUCACAUUAUAAAUUACUUAUAUUGCUGUCAACUAUUUGUUUACAUAACCUGGAAGGCAACAUGAGGUGCAAAUCUGAGUGCACCGUAUACCCUGCCUAUUCCCAUACUGUUUUUUUGGGGAGUGAAGGGGGUUGAGGGGGGUUAUUUAAUGUGUUUUGUUAUUUGAUGUGUUAAGUACAGUUACUAAUUUUACACAUUGUCUAAAUGGUUUUCAUAGUUCCUAGUAAGCGCUGCUGUUUGUAUUUGUGCCAUAUGUCAUGUGGACCUUUUUUUUGUUUAAGGCUGAAUUGGCGCAGUGGAUUCUCCUUACAAAGUGUAAACAAAAUAAAUGUCACAUGUUUCACAAGAUAGCAGAAUUGAAAACGGGUCAGCUAUGUUUUCAAUUCUGUUACUUUGGUAUAAAAUUUUUAAAUUUACAUUGAAUUACCAACAAUUCUUGCUCUAGCCCCUGGAGUGUUUUGCACUUGUUGGAAAUUAAAGAGACCGGCCUUGCACACGUUUUAGAAAAUGCCAUUUACCUUGUUUAAUAUGCAUGUGUUAAGUUGUCAGAUGGGCUUUUAUUAAUCUAUUUUUAUAUAUACUCUGGACUAUCACGGACAGUAAUACAUGCGUUAUUACUUAGCUUGAAGAGACAGUAUAGUCACCAGUACAAUUACAGCUUAUUGUGUUUGUUCUGAUGAGUAGAAUCAUUCCUUUCAGGCUUUUUACAGUAAACACUGUUUUUGUCAGAGAAAAUGCUCUGUUUACAUUACAGCCUAGAGAUAUGUCCUCUGGCCACUCCUCAGAUGGCAACUAGAGUUGCUUCCUGGGGCAGUGCCACACAGUGUGACUGACAUUCAGUGUCUCCACUCUCUUCGUGGAGACACUGAGCUUUCCUCAUAGAGAUGCAUUGAUUCAAUGCAUCUCUAUGAGGAGAUGCUAAUUGGCCAGGACUGUGUUUGACUUGUGCUGGCUCUGCCCCUGAUCUGUCUCCUUGACAAUUUGGGCCAAUCCAAUGCUUGCCUAUGGGAAAGCUUUGUGAUUGGCUCAGAUUAUAGCUUCUCAUGAUGUCAGCCAAGCAGGCAGAUCAGGGGCAGAGCCAGGAGCAAAUUGGAAUAAAGGUAAGAUUGUGCUAUAUUUAGGGGGGCUGGGGGUCUAGACGGUGUUUGUAACACUAUAGGGUCAGGAAUACAUGUUUAUGCUAGUGACCCAAUAGUGUUCCUUUAACAUUAGUGCUAUCCGUAUGAACACAUUAAUAUGUGCUUGUGUCAUGUGAAUUCGUUUGUAACAAUGUCCUUCUUCCAGGUUAAAAGUGCCUGUGGACUGUACGACAGAGCUCAACCACCACGCAUACCUCUUUCUCCAAAGUGUUUUUGAUAAACAUGAUCAGGUGAGUCAUCUUCGAUAAUGAACGAAUUGGAGACAUUUAGAAUGCAAUCAUGGCUGCACAUAUGUGCAAGAGGAUAGUCUCUGGAGGAUAGUUGUAUUUGUUUUAUUAACCUUUUCUACUUUUUUAUUAUUCACAAAUUACGACUGACUUCAACGGGGGGGGAUUUUUUAAUUUUUUUUAGUAAUCUAUGUAUGGAAUGUCAUCAUUCUUGUUCCCUUUAUUUAUUGAGAGAUUUAGGAGAUCUGUGUCCCCUUUAUGGAGAUGUGGCAGAACUGUAAUUCUUGCUUUACCUUAUGAGGAUGUGGUGCAGCUUCAAAAUGUCUCAUUUCUUUACCUUGCUUUAUAGCGAUGUGGCAGAGUCUCAGAAUCCCUCCUCUCUUACAGGACAGAGAUUGUGCUUUGUCACCUGAUGAGCUUCGGGAUUUGUUCAAAGUCUUCCCUUACAUGCCGUGGGGCCCUGAUGUCAACAACACUGUUUGUACCAACGAGAAGGGAUGGAUCACAUACCAGGGAUUCCUCUCACAGUGGACGUAAGGAGAUCUUCUUGCUUAGGGUUCUCAUGCAGCUAGAAAGUUGUAUAAAAUAUUCUUAGCUACGUCGGCUAUUUUGUAUAAAUCAAAUCUUUAAAGUGUGUUUGACGUGCAAAAAUUGGAUAUUGGUGCUUUAAUGCUAAUACAAUUAUAUCUACACACUGCAUUGCAAAAUUGCUAUGCUGGUCAGGGAGAUGCGCAUUGUAUAAUGUGGCUCAGAAUCGUAUGCGUGGAGCUGUGCUUAGCUGUUUAAGAACCAAUGUUCUUUCAUCAGUCGGGUUAAAACAUUGGUCCUAAGUGGGCCUCAAGUAUAGUGGAAUGUGCGUUUAUCCCCCCCCCCCACCCCUGAAAAUCUCCAGAGCCAAUGUCUAGUAAACCAUAUAAGUUAUACAUUGUCUAUCAGCCCAUGCGCACAAAGUAUACAUUUAUAUAUCAAUACUUAUCUUAGCUGAACAUAUCCUGCUGUCAUAACUACAGGACAAAACAUGCUAGUAAAGAGAUGGUACAGAUUAGAAUAUAACGUGGGGCAUUAAUGGUGCAUAGAGUGGCUGGUCUUAACUGAAAGGGUCUGAAUGUGAGAAAACGGAUCAUUGACAGGCUAAGCUCACAGAUAUUGGAGAGCUAUAAGGCUAGCAUAAUAAUCGGUACCUGAGACACUAAUAACCUGGAAUGUAGUCAUAAAAAAAAAAAAAAAAAAAGCUAUGUAAAGUGAUAUAAGUGAGUGUAUAGAAGGUUGCUGCAAUGUCAUCAUAUAGUCUGAAUGUUAGAAUGCAUCCACAGAUACGCUACUGAGAUCCAGCAAAUGUGGGGAAGUAGGAUGUGACUCAAGUGCACACAUUAAAAAUCACUGUCCCCCCCUUUUUUUUUUUUUUAGUUUGACAACGUAUUUGGACGUUCAGCGUUGUCUGGAGUAUCUUGGCUACUUGGGAUAUUCAAUACUAACCGAACAAGAGUCUCAGGCCAUGGCAGUGACAGGUAUAUAGAUCAAUUCAUAGUAAGGACUGUGCAUAACAAAGUGGAGUUUUUUUUUUUUUUUUUGCAGAAAACAAUUUAUAGAAUAUUUUUUUCUGUUGAGUUAUAUAUUAUUUUUAUUUUUUGUAAGCUUAAACUUUUAAUAUGUGUAUCUUUUAAUGAAAUGUGUUCUGUCCCUUUAAAUAUUAGUACUGCACUUUUCCUUGUUAUUCCCUUCUCUCUGUUGCGAGUCAGAGUUGAAAAAAAAACCAAAAAAAAAAAAACCUAAUCAGAUUGUUGGGUGACGUCCCAAAACUCUGAUUAAACUCUCUUGGAGGUUGCCUACUUCACCGCCAUUGGCUGCCUGGCAGCCUUAUUGUUUGUUAAUGGAACUCACUAGGGCACCAAAUAGUUGGCACAAAAAUAUCCCUCAGUUGGCAGGCCAGCCUACUAGUCUGCCUACUGAGCUCUGAUUGGAUGUUCGCCGAGGCUGGAGUUGUCAGAACUCCACUUACACUGGUGCAGUUCCAUUGCAGGUAUUGUUUAUAACCCGAGGUGCCUGCUUCCACGUGGUCUCUCUCCCUGGCUGGCUCCAUCACUUCCGGUUUCAGAGUAGCUCAUUAAAGCAGACACCACUCCAACCACCAUGUUAAUAAGAACAGAGGACCCCACAUAAAGCAUGAUUGGCGGCAGCACAUGGUGACAGGCAAUGCUCAAACAGCAGCUGCCUUCACUCCUUUUGCUGGAUCCCUCUCUUGUUUAACAGGCAGACACCGCUCCAGCAGAGCUACCUGCCAUUUCUGUCCCCAGCUCCCCUCACUAAAGUAAGGCAGGCACACAGUGUUUGAGUGUUAGUAAAAUGUAAAGAUCCCUUCCCCCUCAGACGCUGACAGCCCCAAAUAGCCACAUAGUGACGGGCACGCCUCAACCAACAGCCUGUAACCUGGGCAGGCUGCUUUAUUUAAUUUUUUACGUUAUUUUCUUUUAGUUAUAAAAUUUCUCCUGACGAGAAUCUCCUCAUGAGAAUAUUUUUUAACUAAAAAUCUAAAUGCAAAUCUGCUUCUCAUACAUACAAAAUGUAUAUAUUUUUUAUAUAUACUUAAUCAACUUUUCAUUUUACUCCUAAAAUGUUUUUAAAGUAAUUCUUUGGUGGCAUCUUGUGGCUAAACUCUGUUUUACACUUGAAAUUUGAGUUUAGCCCCAAAAUAGCCAAAUUAUCUUACUCAUUAAUAGGUAUAUUUCUGUAUGGUUUAUUCCCUAUAUGUGGUAUUGUGUACAUAUUUGAUAUAUUAAUACCUUUAAUUUAAAAGAAAAUAAUAAAAAAAAUUGUACUGCUUUAGCCAAAAUCUCCUUUCUAUGACUGUGUCCUAUAUAUACCAUCAUGUAAAUGAACAGGUUAUCAGUGAGCAAUUUGUCGUUUACCAUAUCCAUUUUCAGAUGCUUUUUCUUCCUAGCACAAAUGAUUGCACAAUUUGUAUCCUUAAUAACUAAGGUCUUCCAUUCCCCUUGCUAAUUUUGUAGCUUGACUCUGCAUUUUUCUAGUUUCAGAAUGCGGUGCCGAAACUUCACGGCUUACUUAAGGUGGAGUCUUAGCAUAUUCCUCCAAACAAAAUGUUUCUAAAAUGCAUACUUUCAUCAAACCACAUUAAAUGCUCUAGCAAUGCUUUAAUUCCUUCCUAACGAGAAUUAGAGAAAUCCUUAGUUAUUGUGAGUGUAGUUAUAGUUCAUUGGUCCUCAAGGCAUUUAUACUGUAUGUGCUUUCUCGUGUGAAUAAGCCAGCUUUGAGAGUGUCGCUUGUUAAGGGGUCAGGCAUUUUGCUAAUUUUGAUCUCAUCUGAUUUCAGUGACGAGGGAUAAAAAGAUCGAUCUACACAAGCGGCAGACGCAGAGGAAUGUUUUUCGGUGCAGUGUCAUUGGCUCUAAAGGCUGUGGGAAAAGUGGUAUACUCCAAUCGCAUUUAGGGAGAAAUUUGAUGGUAAAUGUGAUGCUUUUCCUCACCAUCCCCAUUUCCACCUUAAUAUUAGGUCUAAUGGUAAUUAGUUUAGAAUGGAUAAGGAGAGGGCUAACCUGUGUUAUUGGAGGUCACGUAACACGGCAGUGUCGGAUGCCUUUUUCUCUCGCAGAGACAGAAAAGAAUUCGGGAGGAGCACCGGUCUUACUAUGCAAUUAACACAGUGUACGUGUAUGGCCAGGAAAAGUAUCUGUUGGUAAGUGUAUUGCAUGCCCAUGUUUAAAUAGCUAUUCAAACUGACAGCAGAACCCACCAGUAAGGUGGUGAUAUACAUGUGCUCAUGCAUUUAUUCAUAAUAAAUUUUUUAUUAGUGCUCAAUGUCUACAGGGAAGCAAUACACCAGGUAGUACGGUGAUCUGGUAAAAACGGAGUGCCUAAAACACUAGAGAAUAGGGUGUGUGCGUAAAUAUCUGCAUUUAUAUAUGUUCAUUUUUAUAAAAUAUCCACAUACAGCUGGUGGGACAUUUCUUGGUCCCUCUACCUGUUUUGCAAUUGCCUACAUACUGUAGCGGUAGAACAGCUUUUCUUUUUUUUUUUUUUUAAUACAGAUUAUCAGAUUUUUGUUUUAGAUUUGCUAUUGUGAAUGGCUUCUUGACAAUGCAUGCAAAUCUAAAUUGAGUCGUUCAAAGGAGUUUGCUGCAAAAUGGCAAGUCUUUGAUGCUGGAGUGGGGGAUCUGCUAAUGAGCUUGCCUGUCCAAUUGUUGUGCUUUAAAAGUAUGGUUAUUGCAGGUGUAAUCAUAUUUUUUUUUAAUUGUAUUUUUUCCUUCGUAUUAUAAAUAUUAAGUACAUCGCAUAUCACGCCAUUUAAUGCUGGCUACAAGCAGGUCUGCACUAUCAUUUUUUUCACGGCAUGAAGUUAAUGCAGGGUUAUAUUUCAGUUACAUCAUGUUGCGGAAUGCGAAGCUCUGUCUCCGGCUGACGUAUCGUGCGAUGUUGUAUGUUUGGUCUAUGAUAUCACUAAUCCCAAAUCCUUUGACUACUGCAGUAGAAUAUUUAAGGUUAGUACCGGUCGGUCCAUUUUGCAAAGCUUUGUCUUCCCUCUAUUCUAAAACUGCAUGUUAUGUCACUUUCCUUGUCUGAGUGCAGUUUGUCAAGUCAUUCUUUUUCCAACAUAGCUUCUUUACAUGGUCUUUAAAUUGCAUAUGCUCCAGAAAGUAGAGACUGCAUCUGUCCUGGAUUUGAAUAAAGCUAAGUUAUUUCCAGGAUUUUGUGGUUUCCUGGGUUUACAGUCAGAAUGUGGGGCUAUCAUUCUAAAUCCACAAUAAAUUUGUGCUGCUUAAUCCAGAUGGAGUCAGUUUGAAAGACCAUACAGGUAAUGUUCACAGGUGAUUGGUUGAAGUACCCGCACGAGGUGGAUCGUUGUAAUUUUUCAUAUUCAGUUAUUUUUCCAGGAUUUGCUUUGUUUCCCGAAAACCUAUGCAGUCAGUGAUGCUACUAGCCUAAUUCCGGAGUAACAUUGUGUAUGAAGUCCCAUUGGUUCAGGAACACUGUCUGAUCUUGAAGGAUCAUGUCAGAAAGCUGACAGGUGGUGGUGGUCGAGUUACUGGUGUUGAUUGGCUUUAGAUAAAUAGAAAGUAGCAUAUCCCACUUUAUUUCUCCUGAUUUAUAUUUCUCCUUUCUGAAGCAUGAACGAGUACAGAUUUCUGCUUUUCUGUUUGGGAGAGACUCCGCAUGCAGUCCAGCUCCACAGAGCUGAAGUUCGACAUGACUUCUAACGUGACAUUUGUCCGUACAGCAACACUUCAUGGACAGCAGGACGCCGUGUCUCGUCGUGGCUGCCAAGUCGGACCUUCACGAGGUGAAGCAGGAGAGCAGCGUCUCCCCAGCUGAUUUCUGUAAGAAGCACAAGAUGCCACCACCCCAGGCUUUCACCUGCAACACGGCUGACAACCCGACCCGGGAAAUCUUCAUCAAAAUGACCACAAUGGCAAUGUAUCCGUGAGUAGUAACUGCUGCACGCUUGCCCCAGACACUGCAUGCUGCUUUCUAAUUUCUGUCUGCUGCUUUUUAGAAGACAGAGAGAGUACUUUGCUCUAACAAGCAAUUCGUACUGCUACAAUCCUUUUCCCGGGUUUAACGCUCAAACCAAGAAUGAACCCAACUAUUUUUGUAGUUCUACCACCGUAGAAUACCCUACCCCCAAUAUCAACAUAUAAAACAAACACAAGUAUAGUGGCACAUUCUUACUAGUCUGGUGCAAUGUGUAGUUUUAAAUUUUGUUUUUCAACAUUGACAUGUGUUGGGAAUUUUGUGUCCUUGUGUUCACUUACAAAGUCAAUAUGUAUUUGUCACAAUAUGAUCACUGAUCAGUCGACAUUAUCUCUUAUUAUUCUGUGUACUGAUUACAUUAUAUAUGCAUGUUUUUCUGUUUGGGAUACAUUUAUUUAAUGAAUGAAAAUGUAAUAAUUCUUCUUCUUCCCUUUUAUCUAGUCAUAGAAAAAUAUAUUGAUUGAAUUCGGUUUGCAGGAUCUUACAUUCUCCUACUUAUUAAAUACGUCACUUUUUCCUCCUACAAUAUUUUUGGUAACUUCCCUCCAGUUAGUGUUGAUAUUACUAUAAACAUUUUCUGCAGAAACUAAAGUAUUUUAUUUUAUUUAUUUUUUUGUUUCCUGCAAAAAGAAUUUUAAAUAGUUUCCAGACCAGAAACCAGCACAAGUCAAACCAAACUUAAAUCCCACAACAUUGAAAGACACUUAUGGUCAAAAUAUUGAGGAUAGGAUUUAGUUACAAUGUAUAAUCAUAAAUUGAAAAGCCUGCCACAACACCAGUGUGUACCCUACAUUUCUGCAGGUCCUAGUCGACAUGGACUCAGUGACUGCUUUUAUGAGAUUGACAUACUUACCUGGGACACCCAUCCUUCCCCCUCUCUCAAUACAUCUAUAUAUAUAUAAUUAUUUUUUUGUUAUACAGUUUUUGUAAUUAUUAAUACAUAAAUUGACAAUCAUGUCUCCUGCUUCAAAGUUAGUAUGAGGGUAGAAGUUAAGAUCCUGUACCUGUCUGUCUUUUAAAACGCUCCCUUACUAUAGUAAACUAUUUGCUUUAGCUCGAUAUUGUAGCAUGUUCUCUGUUCAGACUGUUUAUUGUAUUCCUACUUGUGUUUUCUACAAACCUGUAACUCCUAACCUGCAAUUCAGGUUAUAUUCCGCCUAUUGUAAGGAUAACAUUUGAGUUAACCCUUUCUUUGGUUUGACGGCAAAGGAAUUACACUUGCAUGGUGGUCCCGCAAUGGCAGUGAAAGGGUUUUUUACAGGAUCGGCGCAAUUAAACAAAGAUGUCUGCAUCUUGCUUCACUGCACUUUGGCCAUGAAAGAGUUAAUGGUUGUGUUUUUUUUUUUUUUUUUUUUUUUUUUUUGUUUGUUUUGUUUUUCCUUACUUUCUUAAGUGAUGUGCUCUGAUUUUGCAUGUGUAACCUGAGAUCCGUUUUCAGUCGGGAUGUGUUUUCUAUUAAGUAACCAGUCGUCUGCAGUAUUACUUUACAUUUCCUUCUCAGUCCUAAGUGGAUGGCGCAUGUUGGCAUGUUUUGUAUUUUCUUCUUAAAUGCGGGAUUUCCCCCAACAGGCCUCUGCAGGAACUAAGACCUUGAUAAACACUCUCCAUGCAUGUUGCGCCAAGCUCAGACAAUACAAAUAAUGGACGUUAUACCAAAACAAACAAUAGUGCGCUGCGCUCCUGUAUUAUACUCACUUUUGUUUAUUUUGGUAUAUUUUGACUGGUUUGAAAGGGUCAUAAGAGAGUUUUGGUUGCACGUCGCGGUUUUGAAGCGACUACACACACCCCUAUUUUUUGGUUUAAAGUAAUGGAGAUUGGUUUAGCGUGUUGUAACGCAGCCCAGCUGUGGCAUCUCCAUUCACCGUAAAACAAACCCGCUCUGUUACAUUCAGCAGGGAUUAGGAUUCAUUCUAGUUGAGGGUGUGAGGAGUUCGCUUUGUCUUGUCACAUGUCAUCCCUCUUCCUUUCACUCUCAGCUACCAUCAGAUCUAAAUACUGCACUUUCACAUGAAAUCUACUUAAUCCUCUUUAUUCUAAUGUUUAGUGGAAAUGUGGCUAAUGUGAAAUACACUGAACUGGUUCUUGAUCAAUCUUUCCCCUACGAGGGAAGACCAUCAUGAUUGAGACAAUAUAUACAGAUGAAGGCCUUCCUGUCUGAAUAUAAAAGUUCGCCCUGUUGAAGUAGCAGUACUCUGCGAGCCUUGCAGCCAUCGGGAGGUGUUGCUUGUUGCAGCUUUUUUUUAAUUUUUUUUUUUUAAGUGACUUUUAGUAUCAGACAGCAGGCCAGGGCUACAGUAAUAGUGAUGGAAUGUAAUAACAUUGUUGAGCAGAAGUGGCCAAAAGAUAGCCCUGUCCAGCGGAGCUAUAACUCCCAUGAUGCUUUGCCAGCAUGCUGGGUGUCUAAUUUCUGGCCACCCCUGCUGCAGAGAACCUUUUGUGGUUACACGUCGACACACAGUUUGGAAGAUUCUCUGAUCCUGUAUCCUUCUGUGUGUUUUCUGCAGCCAUGCCCGGUUACGCUGUCUGUGUGCCUGCAAUAGAUGCACAUUCUGCAUCUGUCAGAAUCUCCUCAACUCAGACCUGCUCCAGUCUGUAAAGGACAAACUCUUCACUGCCGUUGUGAACAGGUCUUUCAUUUUAUUAUUGGCGUCCCCGUGUGCCUUAACACACUAAUAAUAAACAUGCUUUGUUGCAUUAUUUGAAUGCCGUGUAGCUCUCGUUCAGCUUGUCUUCCCCACUCAGUGAACCAUCCUAGCAGCUCCCUUCACUGGAAGCUAAAAUUAACACCUCUAUGAAUUGCAAUCCAUUUCAGGGAUUUUAUAAACCCUGCAAGAGCCAUUCGCGGGGUGAUAUAAAACCCUCCUUAGACUAAACAUGUUCUUUCGUAAAUGAAGAUGGCGUAUUUAAUGCAUAAACAUUAUAAAUCCUGUCUCUUUAACUAUAUUAUGAUGGCAGCAAAGCAGAUUUUUCACUUUGAUAAAUGUAAAAUUCUGACUCUCUCCCUUUUAACGUCCUCUAUGUUUAUCUUAAUGGAACACUAUAAGAUUUAUUCCUGACUCUAUAGUUCUGAGUUGGCUAUUUAUGUCCACAACCACCCUCUGUAAUAAGGUGAUUUUACUUUCCUUUUCUCCCUCAUCCAUCCUGGCCCAGACUCCAUGGCUGAAAUCAUCAACUCAAUCCCCAUCCCCUCCACACCUUUCUCAACACCGCUCACUUUGCAUCUUCUUUUCCUCCAAAUCCUUCCUCCUCCUCUUUCUCCCUCUCCACAUCCAUUGUCUGCGGUCUCCUUUUAUUGUUCCCUUAUCCUAUUAAUCUUCUGUUUAGGCCAAUGACAAUCUUUGUAAACAACUAUAUAUCUGCGCAUGUAUCCAUUUUAAAUGAUCCACAGUUAUUAUAAUGUUCUACUAAAAUCUAUAUAUUUCAUACAAUGUAAAACAAACAAACCUAUUAAUGUGUUCUGUUUUUUGCUACAUUAAAUUUGGCAGAAGCUCCACACUUAAUAACUAUUUUAGUGUCGGCAUCACAGUAAUAGGUUUGGCCUACGUUGGGAUGGUUCAUUAGACUGGGAGUUUAAAGGACAAAAUAGAACGCUGGCGAGAUGCAUUGAUUGUUUCCUAAUGUGUAGCAAAAUGGCGAUAACGCAUUAACCAAAAAUGUGACCCUCCCUGUUUGAUUUUUUUUUUUGUUAAAAUAUUCGUAGUAUAUUUGGAUUAUAUCCUGCAGCAUGACACUGUUUCUGCCAUUAUAUUGAUAUUUGUUCUCUUUUAUCUAAUACUAAUUUAUUGGAUUAAAGAGAUGGGUGUAACAUAGGCAGGUUGUUCUUGCUGGCAUUGAUGUUACCAUAAUUCUUCCUUUUACCCACUACCCACAAUCUCCUAUAUACAUUCUGUUUCUUUCAUUGUGUUUUAUAUCACAGUUCUCUUCACUGGUUGGUGUUUUGUUUUUUUCUCUUCUUUUUCAUAUUUUUUUUUCUUUUCCUUAGGUGUCCAUUUAAACUUAUCUGGGCUGUUCUCACCUUGUUUUUCCUGCAUCGUUUCUCCCCAUUAGUGUUUUAACUUUAAAUCACCCUCCUGGCCAGUAAUAUGAGAGGCGAUUGAACAGAUGAUGUAUGUAGGUAGCAUUAUCCCCCCAUAUUGUUUCCCUGCUGAAAUAGGGGCUCUGCAACAAGACACAAACCUCGAUAAUGAUUUAAAACACAAUUGUUUUAUUUAGACGUCAUUUGUAGAAUUCAUGAUCAAAUGGAACGUGGUUUAAAAGCCUCCCAUCCUACUGUAAAGGGAAGGUUCCUUCGGUAAACACCCAUACUAACCCAGAACUACUGGCUUGGUCAGUUAUGACAACAUAUACUAAGAUUUAAAAUGCAGUCCACCACAUGGACAGAUCACUUUCUAUUGGAGGUAGGAUAAUAUUGUGGGCUAAGGGGAAAGGCACAUGGUUUUUCUUUAAAUCUCUACCAGAAGCAAAGUUUGUAUUUUUAUAAUGUAAUUGCUAAGGGUUCUGUUACCCUCUUAAGGACCAGGGUAUUGGUAAAUCUGUUUAUAUUGUGGCAUGCCUGCUUUGUGCAUGGCGCUUGAGGGGUUAAUAUAAGUAAUCAUUGUAUGGAGUGGCACACAAUGUUAGAGGGGUUCUGUGUAAAUAAGUUAUAGGACUCGCAUACACUGCUGUUCACUGCAGCAGGAUAGCUUGCGUUAUAGAAAAUGCAGGUAAUGUGGGGGGGAGGGGGGGAGAAACCUUAGCACAUAAAAUAAAUACUGUAUUCUAAGUCAGCCAGUGAUGGAACAUGUAAAAUUCAGCAAAUGGGAUACUGACCGGAAAGUACACACAGGGUUAUUCACAAAAGUGAGGAUUGUAAGGCGUUCAAAGUGAAUUUCAAAUUUAAGGCCAAAGUAGUUGAUCUGGAAACCUAGCUAACAUGGAGAUUUUUUUCUUGUUUGAUUGUUUUGGAUUUAGUAAUUUAUUUUUUAUCAGGGCUACCAUUGAUUUUAUUUCAAUGUAUUUAGUGAGUUGUAUUGGACACUACUGGCUUUCUAUAAACUAUUUUAGCCUGUUUUAUUUAUUUAUUUAUUUUUUAUCAGUUUAUUUGAAUACAAAUCAGACAGACAGUGGUAGCUAGUAGGUAGAGCAUUGAUCUGUUAUUGUCAGAUCUGUGAAGCACAGCAGACAUAAUUCAGACAUUCUGUUUACAUUAACAGUACAAAUUGAUGUUUCAGAUGCAGGAAAGAUUCUUACUGCUCGUUAUUCGUUACUUUCACCUUAACUGAAAAGAACGAAAGGAAACCCCCUUUAACUACAUUCUCACACAUAGAAUAGCAGGAAUUGGAUGUUGUUUGUUGAAACGAUCAAUGUCAUUGCCACUAACUGUCCCUUUGCCCCUCACAGUCCUUUAAACGGUGUGCUGCUAAGGCAUGAGGUGUUGGUUUGUGCCAGUAAUCACGCCAAGUGCAUGACAUGUACUUUAUAACCAGGAUUUAGAGGCCAAAAGGGAGAGACAACUCUGGCUGUUGUAGAACUACAAAUUCCUUUGUGCUUUGCCAGCCCACAUGCUGAUAAGGUAUCACAGGAGUGUUCUACUUUAUCUGGGGUCUGACAUUUGGCAGCACCUGGUUAAGAGGUCUGUAUGUUGUAGUAAAAGCUUUCAAAUUAAAGGGAUACUGUAGGCACUAUAACCAUUUCAUCUCAUUGGAUUGGUUUUAGGGCCUGGAAAUUCUUGGCACUGCCCCUCCAUCACAGCCCUGCACUGCUGCUCAGGCUAAAGUUUCCCAAACAGCACAGAGGGGGGUGAGCAUUAAAAACUAAAAAACGUUUAAAGCUUAAUGUAAGGGCAUCUCCAGGGGACUCCAGAUACUAUAACCACUUUAUUGAGAUGGAGCUACUGCACCUGCAGUGUCCCUUUAAGUUUGCUGUUUCUUAAAAUAAAAAGGGAGCCCAAUAUACCCCGUUUACGCUAAUAAUCUUUUUAUCACAAACGUGUGUCUAAAAUUGAUAGUACAAGGGAAAAUAUGUAUAUUUCCCAAAGUUUUUUUCAUUUUAUAUAAAUAUAAUCAAGAAAAAUGCAAUUGGUAAUUACUGGUUAUUCUGGUUGGGGAAUCUAGAAUGUUACCCUGUACCUUUCACGCACACUUACUUCAGUUUAUGGGGGCACGGUACUUGAAAGGUAUAUGACAGAUACCAGACUCUCACACUUGCAUGCUGCAUUACUGGGUGGGGGGGGGGGAGGCAGGAUUUCUGCUGAUCGUUUCUCUAGUGAGACAAAUCAUGUGCAUGUGUGUAUAAGGUUGAGAGCCGGGGUAGAUGUGUUGGGGGAAUCGCUGCUAACAGAUGCAGGGAGCAGUCUGGGGCAUCAAGUCCAUCCGGUCAUCUACGUCGAAAGCUCUGUCUUCAUGGAGUCAUCAGCCGAGCCCCCAGUACAAAAUUCCAGGUAUUAAUUAUCUGCCGAGCCCCCCAGUACAAAAUGCCAGGUAUUAAUUAUCUGCUGAGCCCCCAGUACAAAAUGCCAGGUAUUAAUUAUCUGCCGAGCCCCCAGUACAAAAUGCCAGGUAUUAAUUAUUUGCCAAGCCCCCAGUACAAAAUGCUAGGUAUUAAUUAUCUGCCGAGCCCCCAGUACAAAAUGCCAGGUAUUAAUUAUCUGCCGAGCCCCCAUUACAAAAUGCCAGGUAUUAAUUAUCUGCUGAGCCCCCAGUACAAAAUGCUAGGUAUUAAUUAUCUGCCGAGCCCCCAGUACAAAAUGCCAGGUAUUAAUUAUCUGCUGAGCCCCCAGUACAAAAUGCUAGGUAUUAAUUAUCUGCUGAGCCCCCAGUACAAAAUGCUAGGUAUUAAUUAUCUGCCGAGCCCCCAGUACAAAAUGCCAGGUAUUAAUUAUCUGCUGAGCCCCCAGUACAAAAUGCUAGGUAUUAAUUAUCUGCUGAGCCCCCAGUACAAAAUGCUAGGUAUUAAUUAUCUGCCGAGCCCUCAGUACAAAAAUGCUCUCAAUACUGAAGGCCAUGUACGAUCAUUUAUUGUACCACUAGCACUCCGUGACGGGUUGUAAUCUGCCCAGCUCCCAAUAUUCAUUGCCAGGUAGUCAUCGUCUGAGCCGGCAGUACUGUAGUACAAGGUUUUAAUCAUUCCCAAGCACCUAGUACACAUUACUAGUCAUUAAUCAUUGGUUCAGUUGCUAGUAUUCAGUGCUGGGUUAUUCCCAUUCAGCUGUGAUCUCAAUGUAGGUAUAAUCUGCUGGUACUCUGUGCCAAUGUCCCACUACUGAAUUCUCCACCAGUACUCUGUGCCCGAUAAUAAUCAUUUCCUGAGCAUCAAGUACAUCUCACCAAGUCCUGAAUAAUGAAUGGCAAGUACGAAUCAUCCAGUGUAGUACCAGUACUCCGUUAAAGGUAAAAAUGAGCCAAUCCCCUAAUACAUAAUGCCAGGUAUUGAUAAUCUACUAAACCCUCAGUAUUAAAUGCCCGGUAUGAAUUAUUUAUUAUGAGUUAUUAUUUUGUCUACAAACUGGCAUUUACUCAUUGACUGGUAAUAACCCUCUGCCAAAGCUCCCCUGCCAGGCUUUCUAUAGUUAUUGGGCAUUAAUUAUCUGACGAGUCUGUUAUAUUCGCUGCUGGUUCCUUCCUCGAACCGUUUCUACAAUAAUAGCUUGCCCUAAGCCUGGGAAUUAAGGGGUUACGUGUACUGUAGCUGAAAAUCACAUGUAUAGUUAUUCAUUAAACAAGGAAUUGUUGAUUCUACACAAUUCCCAGAUUUCGUGAAUAAAUCCCAUUGUGUUAAUUGAUAAUGGACGGCUGAUUGAGUUUACGAUGGCUAAGCCAACACUAACUGGUAAAUUGUAAAGACUAGUUUAUUACAGCCUUCCUAAUGUGUACACACUUUAUUGGUGUUUUUAAAGGCCUCCAGUUGUUCUUGCUUACUGUAAAUUAGAUUUAUAGGCUUCAAUAAACAUUGAGAAAAAACAGGGUCAAUGGGAAUCCGUAAAGGCUAAAAAUGAAGUGGAAAGGGUUGUAGAUACCUGGGAUGACGUUCCAGUGGAAACCGUAGAGGCUAACACAUUAAAGGAAUGCUUGAGAUGUGCAUCUGUGUAUGUUGGAGGACAUAUCUGUGUAUUCAGUCUGAGGAUUUAUAAUGAGCAAACUGAACUAGCUGGUUUUUAGUUCUAGCCCAAUCUGGCAUUCCUUCACCUCUACCUUCUCCUACGGAGACUAGUACUACCUGUCAGUCAGCGGCUAGUUAACUCUUUCAUUUCCUCUAGAAUUCAAAUCAAAUGAGCGAAUACAAAGUAUUUGAAGGUUGCAUUCCAUUUUUUCACCAGGGCAGUGAAAGCUAACAUUUCAGAAAUGACCAAUCCCUAAAGUCAGACAGAGCAUGAUGGGAAAUGUAGUGCAGAAAUGGAAAAUACCGCUCGUGUCUCAGAGUUGGUUUACUUACUGUCCCAUAGUGACAGUGGGAAUCUGAGUAUGGAAAUUCAGAAUCCAGUGUGGUGACAAUCUGUUUCAUUUUCAGUUUUUAUCAUUUGGAUUUCCCUCCUUUUGUUAUCCAUAAAAGUGGGAGGUGUGCUUCCUUCCUUCCCUGUCUGUAUCAAACAAUGGCACCUAACCCUGUGUUAAUACCCAGAGAUUUAAUGCCAGAUUCAUCUGACCUGUUAGAGCUGUCAUUGGUACAGACAAGUGUAAUGUGCCUUAACCCCUUAAUGGCCAUGCUAAAUGUCACACCGUAAAAGCGUUUGCUUUACCCCUUGUCCUUAAUGGUUUAAAAUGAAAUGAAAAUAUUAUGAAGAAAUAUUUAUUUUUUUAAGAACUGCCACUUUACACACCCUGCUGUAUAAACCAUCUUGAUAAUUUUUAGAAUUGUUUUACUUUGUUAAUACAGAUAUAUAAUUUUAAAGGCUGAUGCCAUGUGACAUUAGGUGCUAAAUUGUUUUUCUUAUCACCCAGACUAUGUGAUACUAGUCGUAUGUGUGUACGGGAUGCGUGUUUAGGAGAGCCCUUCUUGUUUUGAUAAAGCAUCUCCUGUGUAUUCUAUAAAGGUGAAAUUACUUUUAAAUAAAGGCUUAUCCCUCCCAAGCGGAAAGCUGUGUUAAUAUAACCAGCUUUAUUGCUCAUGCAGCGGGACAAGCACUUUGUUUUAUUUAACAUAAUCUUGUAAUGGCCAUAACUUUCAAUUUCCUGCUUCACUGAAACUCCUUUUUACUCCCAAUCUAUUUUUUCCAAAUUAGAAGAGUGUAAAUUUGUUGUAUAUGCAUUUCAGCAUUGCUGCAGUGGAGGCCAUAAUUUAGCUCUCCUUCCUCUGGUUGUCAAAGAGCUAAAAACGUUUAUGAACCUUUGCCAGCCUCAAGUCUAGCAAAGCAUUAUGAGUGCUUGUAGUUUAACAACUGGGAAGAUGGGAUAAAUUGUGUCCAUCCUUGAAGUACAGUGGUACUCUCAUUCACUCUGUAUUUAACAUGUAAUGUGAUUUGAGUCUUAGAUGCUUUGCAGAAUGCCUUCAUUGCACGAAAACUGAUCUCCUGUCUCUUUUUUUAUAUACGCAGGCACAUGUCUCAGGCAGAGCUGAAAAGUUCCACGUUUUGGCUACGAGCGAGUUUCGGUGCUACUGUCUUUGCCGUUUUAGGUUUCGCCAUGUACAAGGCCUUGUUGAAGCAGCGAUGA